UACACAAGUGUAUGAAAACAAGGCGGCCGUUUAGCAUUAGCUACAUCAUCAGUUAGCGACAUGAAUGUAAAAUAAUCAGUAGAAGAAAACAAUUAACCAUAGAAGAAGGAAACACUGAACUCAGAGAAAGAAGACCAAAGCCCUUUAAUAAUGCAAACAUACUGGUAGUCGAUUUUUUUCAAGCCAAUGGUUUACCUGAAGUCACACCCCAAAAACCCACAAAAGAUCUGAUAAAGACGAGCCUAUCAUCAUGACGAAACAAGCUGAUUAUGGCCGACGAAGAAGCUUCUUCUGCAGAGGAAGACCCCGAGGCAGCGGGCGACAACGCCUCCUUCCAUUUCCUCCGCUUCUUGGGUGGCGGCUCUGCUCUUGGCUUGAAGGGUUUGUUGGUGGGCCGAGGCUUUUGGCUGUGAGGCGGCGAGAAGGGGGCAGCUGUUAAGCCCAACAAAGUCUUCACCUGAAAACUCCUGUGAAACAGACCAAAGGAUGACAUCGCUGCCAGAAACAGCACUCAACCCAUAGAGUAUGUGGCCCCCAGUGGAAAACGUUUGGACACCCCUGGUGUAGCGUGGCCAAGCAUGUCUCCACACCUGAACCCAGUUGAGCACCUGUGGGGCAUCCUCAAGAGGAAGGAAGGUGGAGGAGCGCAAGGUGUCGAGGAACCAUCGGCUCUACCGGUGAUGUCAUCAUGUGGAGAAAGAGAUAUCAAUCUGCUCUCACUGGGAGAUUAACCCUGGAUGGCUUGGAUGAGAGGUGAAAUUGAUCUUCUGGAGAGGUUAUCUGAUGAAGCUGCAUGGACCACCAUUGCAGGCCCGUCCAACCCGGAAACACCAUCAGUGUCAGAGGGCAGCGGCCCUUCAAUGUACCCCCAUGACCUGUGGGCGCAUGUGCCAGGCCUCUGUGCCGAGCAGGAUCCUGUCUGUUGUUACAAUGGCGGGGUCACAGGGUGAUGGAGGUGAGUGGGGUGAAAAGGCACCCCAGGUUGUCAGACUGAAAGCCCUUCUUUCUAGGCUCAUGGCAAACUGCCCGCUCAGCCUCCUGCAAGAUAAAUGACUGUGUAUUAAGAGGCAGUCUAUCCCUGGUGUCCGCCAGGCUAAGCAUUGUGCCUGCCUCCACCGCCUCUGAAAAAUCCCCUCGCUCAGGCUAAUCUAUCAGCCAGUGACCUUGUCAGGAUGCGUUGCUUGAGUUACCUCCCUGCUUCCUGAGAGUUAACCACAGAGUGAUCUGAAGAAGAAUGGCGGUAUUUGGGGACCGCCAUCCGUCACGUAGGCUGAAGGGCUGGUUUUCUCUCGGACCCGUCACCUUUGAUGAAUCCUCGCUAAAGACUCUGCUGGGGAAGGAACACUUUGGGGAAGGCCCUUUUCUCUCCCAAACAAGCCACAUAAAGGCAUGGUUGGAUGCAUUUGGCGGAGAAGAAUGGACAUCAAUUACCUCAGACACACUCCAAAAUAUUGGAGAAAGUCCUCACAGAAGAGUGGAAGCUUGUACAGCUUAAAAAGACGGCCCGCGGACCACACGUUUGACACCCCUGGUCAAAGAGGUAUCCCUCACUGGAAUUCCGUCCUUCUUUUCGGACUCUCUCUCAAACCGCCAAUGCUGACCGAACCUUGCGGAGCCAUGUCAAUGCCGGGCUCCGAUGUCCGAGAUCUGACCCUCCUGACUCCAGGACCGCCCGUGCCCUCCUUAGGUGGAGCUGCCGGGGGCUGCGGCCAGUGGACCCAACUGUUGGACCUCCAUCCCAGCUCUCCCUACAACUCCCUGUCCUCCCACCACUCCCUCAUCAAGCAGGAGCCCAACUGGGGCGCUGCAGACCCUAUUGAGGAUCCCCACUGUGGACUUGGGGCGUUCACCGUACACUUCUCUGGUCAGUUUACAGGCUCAGGCCCUUGCCGGGUCGGGGCCUUUGGAGAGCCAACACCAGGCCAGCCUAGGGUUUUUCCUAGUGGGACCUACCUCCCCAGUUGCGUGGACAGCACCCCAGCACCCAGGAGCCAAGGUUAUGGUGCAAUGGGCUUAGAUGGGAACCCCAGUUACGCUCACACAGCGUCUCACAACACCCCUCAGCUGUCCAGCCUGUCCUUUAAACACGAAGAUGCACUAUCGCCGCCAAACAGCAUCGGUACAAGUCUACUUCCUGUUGAGCAGCAAUACCCUUCACCACCGACUGUGUUUGGGUGCCACAAUUCUGCAGAAUCGUGUCCAAGCAACCAAGCACUGCUGCUGAGAAACUACAACAGUGAUAACCUGUACCAAAUGGCGUCUCAGCUGGAAUGUGUCACGUGGAACCAGAUGAACUCGCUUGCAUCUUCCAUGAAGAGUAGCCAUGCACCCAGCAUUGAAAGCGAUCAUACAGCCCCACCCCCACCCAUGCUAGUCAGCGCCCAGUACCACAUUCACACACAUGGCGUCUUCAGGGGGCUUCAGGAUGUCAGACGAGUUGCGAGUCUUGCUCCCCCUGUUGUGAAGUCAUCAGAGCCCGAAGCCCAGAAGCGUCCUUUUGUAUGCACCCAUCCUGGCUGCAACAAGAAGUACUUCAAACUAUCACAUCUGCAGCUGCACGGACGCACACACUCAGGGGAGAAGCCGUACCAGUGUGAUUUUACAGACUGCGGCCGCGGAUUCUCUCGCUCAGACCAGCUGAAGAGACACCAACGCAGACAUACAGGAGUGAAGCCCUUUGAGUGCGAGACGUGUCAGCGAAAGUUUGCACGGUCAGACCACCUUAAGACUCACAUUCGGACUCAUACAGGUAAAACAAGUGAGAAGCCGUUCACCUGCCGCUGGUCCAACUGUCAGAAGAAGUUUGCCCGCUCCGACGAGUUGGUGCGCCACCACAGCAUGCACCAGAGGAACCUGACCAAGCUGCAGCCGGCCAUCUGAGAAGAGGAGGACAAAGAGGAAGGUGCCUGCCAAAGAGAAGAGAGAGGCUUGGAGCCAGGUCAGAGGUCAUGGUGCGUUGCCAAAUGUGCAUAAGUGGAGAGCACAGCUGAUGUCCACACACGCCCACAAGAUGCACUCUUUUUGGAUCAUUUCCACUCAGAGGUUGUUAUAACUGAGCCCAGGAAAGAUUUUUGAUUACACUGUUGUUGUGUUUUCUGCUACAAAAUGUGCUAAACUGGAUUUAGAAAAUGGACAACACAAUGUAAAUACACACAAUGCACACCUAACAACGUUGUACAUACUGUAUACAUGCUUCCUUUUAUACACAUUCCUUUUGUAUGUUGUGUGUUUUAUAAGUCUAUAAAUGUGAUCUACGUCACUGUUAAGUGUGUGUCAGCUUAUAAGGGGGCCACCUAUGAGUACUGAUGGGGGCGGGUGACAGGUAGUAAAACAGCACCCCGCUAAAGUGGUGCAGGUCUCACCCUCCUAAAUCUAAGAUGCACAUCUUCAUAACGGGAAACAUCUGGAGCUUAAUAAAUCUCAUUUUAAAAAAAAUAAAAAGGACACAUACCGACCCUCCUGCAGGGCCCCAACUUGCACUAUUACCCUUAUGAUAUAGACAAAAGUAUUGAGACGAGUGGCCAUGACACCCACAGGAAGUGAAUGAAAGAAACUACAAAAGUGAAUGUGUACACCCCCUCACAUUUCAGCAACCAUUUUAUUAUAUCUUCUCAAGGGACAAUACUAUAGUCAUGAAACUUGGAUAGACCGUCGUCCCUCGACACUUUGCUGUUCAAAUUUCACACAUUCA